AUGAGAUUGUCGUGGGCCAGACAGGCCGCAAUCUAUGGCCUCUUGUCUGUCGUCGCCGCAGACGUACUACCAGUGGAUGACAUCCCCUUGAUGUGUGUGACCAUCUGCGGCCCAAUCGUCGAGUUGACAUCAAAGUGUGAUAUCCAUGGACAACGUAUGUCGAAGCGGCAAGUAGACUCGGAGUGGGUUCCUAAGCUGGCCGUGGAACCUCCUGCGUUGGACAAGAGGAGCUUUUCGAUUAUCAGAGCUGCGCCAACAUCGUUUCCGCCCGAGUUCAUGCCUGAAGAGAGCACCACUACAUCCAUAUCGACCUCGACUACGGAGGAGACUACAAGUGCUGUUGAUGAAACGUCGACGUUACUUUCGACCAAGAAGCGUACCACAAUGGCUUCAAUGCUUAUGGAAACAACAACAGCGACUCAGACUACCGUGUCAGCUUCCAAAGAGAGAUCGCAAACAACGAGUGGUUCUUGGGGAGGAAGUGCUUUGCAGACACACGCCCCACCUGAGGGUGACCCGGAGAGAGAAUGUGUCUGUCUGAACAAGAGCUUCGAUGUAGCCAAAGUGGCAGCCCUGUGUCAAGACUGCAUCGUCGUGGAUGGACACAAGCAAAACAACAUGGACAUCAUCAUGAAGGCCUGUGGUUUUGAUAAACGCACUUAUACUCCCGAAAAGGACAGCGAGGUAGACAAUGUCAGAGUUGAGGCGACGCGGCCGACUGGUAUGGCCACGAUGGAGCAUGCACCAGCCAGUGCUGGCUCUGGAGUAGAAGCUCUCAGCAUGCCCUUGGUUGGUCUUUUCAGUUCUUUAUUGGGCUUUGCCAUGGCAAUGUGA